AUUCUCGUACUCCAUCGAAAUGCCCGCUGCACCAGAUUUCAGCCACUGUCUUCUUUCCAGUAGGAAUCGGCACUGUCGAACUAUUUAUCUUUCUCGGAGCAAAUCGCAGGCGCAGCUCUCCAGAAUUCUGGGUAAGCUCUGUUUCCUCUUUCUCUUGAUCUGUGAAUUAAUCUGGAUUUCGAUCGUGCGAUGAUGUGUGAAACUGGAGAUUGAAGUUAGUGAUUCAGUUCUUCGGUUCUUGAACUCGUGAUCGGCUUGUGUAAUUAAGUAGGUUGUAGGAAUUCAUCAGUUUUCAUCGCUUCAUUUUCUCGGAUUCUUGUUUUUGCAAGGAAAUCCUAUUCAAAAUAUCUGUAGAUUGCAUAUACAUUUGGCGUGCACAAUUGGAGGGUUCUGUUACUUCUGUAUUUUGUUCAUUAUUAUGAUAUCAAUCUUUGUUUAUUGAUGUUUGGACAAUCUCAAACUUCAUUGCUUUUGUUUGGGUUGUGUUUAAAGCUUUCAUCUCAUUUCUUCGAGGACCUCCUAGAUUCUAUAAUUGUUGAUGUUGCAUCUGAGUGUCAUCGGAUAGCAAGAUUGGGCCUUGAUCAUAAUUUGGAUGAAGAAGAAGAGGAAUUGAGGUUGUCAGCAGAAGCCCGGGCUAGAGUGGCUGAUCCUAGUUAUAGUGGUGAAACGAAUGGCAAGUAUGUGGUUGACAUUUUUGGACAAACACAUCCCUCGGUAGCAAAUGAAAUAUUUGAGUGCAUGAAUUGUGGGCGAUCUGUUAUGGCUGGAAAAUUUGCCCCUCAUUUGGAGAAAUGCAUGGGAAAGGGUAGAAAGGCUCGACUCAAGAUGACAAGAAGCAGCACAGCUGCACAGAGCCGGCAUUCACGAGGAAGCCCUGUUCCUGCAUAUUCUCCGUAUUCAAAUUCCACCAGCACAAAUCGGUUAGCUAAUGGUUCAGUUGGUGCAGGCGAGCCAUACUCGAAUGGUACAUCAGAGGAACCAUGAAUGAAAAUCAAGCAGAGGUGUUUGCAAGCAUCUUAUGUAAUGCACCUAGCUAUUCAAGUUGCAAGGUUUUCCUGUCUUAUGCAUUCAUAAUAACUAGCAUCUGAGGUGAUCCGCUCUAUUUAAUAGAGAAGGCAGUUAGUUGCCUUCAUACUUGUUUCGAUACGGAUGUGGAUUUUUACUGUUUUAACACAGGCUUUUGGAUUUUUACACUAACCAAAUCUUUCUAAUGCUGUUUUGUUGUGUUUGUUUGUUUGUUUGGUUUUGGGUUUGGGGUCUUGCCUCUUUUUUUUUUUUGAUGAUGAUGAGUCUAAUGCUGAUAAAUUUUAAGUACAUGU